CAUAGACCAACAUAGAAUAUUAAGAAUGCUAAACAAUUUGUUGGAGGAUGGAAAAUUCCAGAGCAGUUGUAUGGCCAUUCAACUGAAUGGACAUCACUUCACUGUGAAAGGCUCAUUGGUACCAACCCAUAAUACCCUCUGGUCCAGAUCUUCUGGCUAUUCCCUACCAGCCUAUAGGACUACUCCUUGUGUUUAUGGAACUAUCCUUGUCUUAUUCUGUCAACCUGGACACUUCCUGGACGCUUCUUAAAUCACAGAAAGGCUUUUGGACAAACCUGCUGCUCUGUGAUUUAAGCUUCCAAUGGAUAUCUUUUUACGUAUUGUAGUCAGUGCAUUAUGUGUUGUUGGUGGUUUGCUGUGUGUAGUGUGUUAACAGGGAACGAACAGAUCGGUGUGGGAGGUGCAUGUUAGUGCAGUGGUGUGUCUUUGCUGGGCCAACCACAGUUAUGGCUCGUAGGCGCGGUGGCUGCUGCUCUCGGCUGCCACUAAACGAGGACAAUGCACGUUUCUGUCUCCUGGCCGGGCUCAUCCUGUGCUACCUGAUGUGUGGAGCGGCCAUCUUCUCCGCUCUGGAGCGCCCCUCCGAGCUGCUCGCCCGCCGUCUCUGGGACCAGCAGCUGGCCAACUUCACUGGGCACCACAGGGUGAGCAGGAAAGACCUGCACAUGCUGCUGCGUCAGUAUGAAGAGGCCAACGGGGCGGGCAUUAGAGUGGACGCACUCCGGCCAAGAUGGGACUUCUCUGGAGCCUUCUACUUUGUUGGCACAGUGGUCUCCACAAUCGGCUUUGGAAUGACUACUCCAGCUACCAUAGCUGGUAAAAUAUUCCUUAUCUUCUAUGGUCUCAUCGGCUGUGCUGCUACAAUCCUGUUCUUCAACCUCUUUCUGGAGAGAAUCAUCACCAUGCUCGCCUAUAUCAUGCGCUGGUGUCACGAGCGGCGACUGAGGCGAGCCGGUGUCGGCGGCUCGUCGGGCGGAGAGGAGCCCCACAGUGAGGAGGACAGUCUGGAGGGCUGGAAGCCCUCGGUCUACUACGUGAUGCUGAUCCUGGGGGUGGCCUCGGUGCUGAUCGCCUGCAGCGCCUCCACCCUCUACUGCACCAUGGAGGACUGGAGCUACGUGGACUCCCUCUACUUCUGCUUCGUGGCCUUCAGCACCAUCGGCUUCGGGGACCUGGUGAGCAGCCAGAGGCAGCGCUACGAGGCCCAGGACGCCUACCGCCUCGGGAACUGCCUCUUCAUCCUCAUGGGCGUGUGCUGCAUCUACUCGCUCUUCAACGUCAUCUCCAUCAUCAUCAAGCAGACGCUGAACUGGAUCCUGGCCAAGCUGGCGUGCCCGGGCCACUGCUGCUCCUGCCCGUGCCCCUCGCUGAGGGGCUGCUGGAGGCUGUGUUGCCCCUGCCUCCUUAACAAGCACCCCACUCUCAGGCCCCCGCCCGCCAGGCUCCGCCAGCAGCGGCUCAAACGCAACGCGGUGCAGCCCGCGCCGUCCCACUGCCCGGCGGGCCGGCAUCGCUACACGGACGCCUCGGUGGAGACGGUGUGUGACAGCGAGACGGACGCCGGGGCGGGGCCCGACGGGGCCUACGGCGUGGGGCGCCGGCUCUCUGGGGAGAUGAUCUCGGUGAACGACUUCACGGCCUCUAAUAAGGUGUCCCUGGCCCUGCUGCAGAAGCAGCUGUGCGAGACGGCUCACCAGGGCCCCCGCCAAAGCCAGGCCCGCCACAACGGCUUCUCCGGAGGGGUGGGCGCCUUCGCAAUCAUGAACAACCGCCUUCAGGAGACCAGUGUAGACAGGUAGUCCCUUCUCCCCCCCAGCAAGCCUCUGCUCCCGUCUAGCCAUGGGGGAAAACAAACGCUUUAUUUAAAUGUAGACAUGCACUGAAUAAAUGAGUGCACAUGAAUUUGGAAUAUCCUUCGGAGAUUGUUUUUUGGACCUGGAUGGUCAUUUCCGUGACUAGCUCAUUCUUGAUCAAUCACGAAGAAAACCUGUUUUAGCGAACCACAGUAACUUGCUGCCAAAGACCAUACAUUUACACCAGAUUCAGAGAUUAUUGGAGAUAUACGGCACUUAUAUUCUGAUAGAGGCUUCUGAGUCAGACCCAACUCUGACAUGAAUUCCAGACGUUCAUCAAUAUCACUGAACUCCAGACUAUACUUGAAUAUCCCCAUUUUCUUGUGUGGAGAUAAGCGUUGGACAGAUGCGUGUCAUUCAGAGAACAUCAGUCUGGAGAGGGGUCUGUCUCGCUCAAGUGAUUGGCUCGUGCCGAAGGCAAUCAGACAGUGGGAGAUUCUGAGGGCCUCUUGAGAGGAAGGCCUGAUUCAUGAGAGCACUGCAGAUGUCCCCUGGGAUCCUUAAAACAGCACAAUGGUUGUCCGUUAGGGUCUGUCCACGAUCAGUGAAUAAAGAGAUGUGGCCGUAUUCUGUAUUUGCAUUCUCGGCCAUCUGAAGUCUGCAGGAGCACCUGAUGAAUAUGUAUCGCUGUUUGAAUGAUGUGGCUUAAUUACAUAUCCGUCAGAAGAAUAGUAUGGCAGCUGUAAGGACAGCAUUCAUUAUUCUGCAGAUAGCUCAAGGAGGGGACAGUACGUUUUAAUGCAGUGUCUCAUUGAAGUUCAGUGCAAUCAUGAUGUAUGUGAGAAGUCAUAUUUUAAAAGGUAAUGUAGUGUAGGUGAGGCUUGGGACAAAUGCCCUUAUGUUAAAGAGUGCUCCAGUGAGUGUGAUACAGGCACAGUCAAGAAACCAGCAUGUAGAAAAGACCAGGAUGGUACAGAGUCUAAUCAAAUCAUGUGUGUGCAGGUGUGUGUUCAUAAGAAAAGCCAUGUAUCAUCUGCAAGUUUUUUCAUUACAGUAUUAUUAUUAAUAUUGUAGUUAUUAUUAAUAUGUAGCUGUUAUAUGUUGACUCAAUGCCUAUCAAAGCAUCACUUUAUCAGAAGUGUCAGGGCACCGAAGAUAAGAUUUGAUGUCUUGCACACACUGAACACUAGGUUGCAGCAAGAAGAAUAACAUCUCCACCUAGUGGAUAUAUUAUGAACUAAACUGAUUAAGGAAUAUCAUUU